UUCUUUUCCCUCCAUUAUUAUAUCUGUUAUUUUUUGUGUCGGUAUUAUCCUGUUAAAUGAGAUUUAUUCAAUUAAAUGAGAUUUUAUUGCUUGAUAUUUGGUUAAUAACACCAGAUUCCCCCAGGUUCGGUUACGGGAAGUCUGGAGGUUAUAUAGACCCCAAGUACACAUGAUCAUUUUCAUUACUUAAAAAAUAGUUUCAAAACAUUAUCUCCUCCGGUCACCUUCUCUGACCACCAAUCCUUUCUUCUUCUUGUUUCUCUGUUCCUUGCUGACCAAGAAAUCUCUUAUCUCUUUCAGCUUUCCAGAACACCGUUGCUAUGCCUCCGACUUACUUCCCUCUGAGGUGGGAGAGCACGGGCGAUCAGUGGUGGUACGCUACUCCUAUUGAUUACGCUGCAGCCAACUGCCAGUACGACUUAGUCCGCGAGCUUCUCCGGAUCGACUCCAAUAACCUCAUGAAGCUCACUUCCCUCCGCAGGAUCCGCCGCCUCGAGACCGUCUGGGACGACGACGAGUCCCACUUCCACGACGUCGCCGCCUGCAGGUCACGCGUCGCCAGAAAACUCCUCGCCUCCUGCGAUGAAGAAGGUUCUUCCAAGGCCAACACUCUUAUCCGGUCCGGUUACGCCGGCUGGCUGAUGUACACGGCAGCCUCCGCCGGUGAUCUAGGUUUCGUUCGCCAUCUCCUCGAGAGGAACCCUCUCUUCGUGUUUGGCGAAGGAGAGUACGGCGUCACUGACAUACUCUACGCCGCUGCGAGAAGCAAAAACCACGACGUGUUCCGUCUGAUUUACGAUUUCGCGGUUAGUCCGAGGUUCGAAACCGGCGGUUUUGAUCAGCAAAACAGUGAUGUUCCGGCGGCUUACAAGAGGGAGAUGAAGAACAGAGCGGUUCACUCUGCUUCUAGAGGAGGCAAUCUUGUCAUUCUCAGAGAACUUCUCAGUGAUUGCUCUGUUGAACAUGUCUUAGCCUUCCGAGACAAACAGGGCUCCACCAUCCUCCACGCAGCCGCCGGAAAAGGAAAAACUCUGGUGGUUAAAGAGCUUGUGGCUUCAUACGGGCCUUUAAUAAUGGAAGCCAUUGACAGCCAAGGGAACACGGCUUUGCACGUUGCAGCCUACCGUGGCCACGCUGAUCUCGUCCAAGCUCUGAUCUCUGCCUCUCCAUCUUUGGUCUCCGCCCGAAACAACGCUGGUGACACUUUCCUUCACGCCGGAAUCUCCGGUUUCCAGACUCCGGCGUUCGAGAGGCUUGACAAGCACACGGAGCUCAUGAACCGUCUCAUCACAUCCGCUGCCUCCAACUCCCCCUGCGAUGUCGUCAACUGCAGGAACAACGAGGGACGUACGGCUCUUCACUUGGCAAUCUCCGGAAACGUUCCUCUCGAGUUCGUUGAGAUGCUCAUGUCUGUGAAAUCGAUUGAUAUCAACAUCAAGGAUGCUUCUGGUAUGACUCCGCUUGAUCUCAUCAGGCAUAAGCCGCAGUCUCCGACGUCUGAUCUCCUGUUCCGACGGUUGGUAUCAGCCGGAGGGAUGUUCAGCUGUCGUGAUCAAAGCAUCACAAGUGUGGUCGCUUCUCACUUGAAGGACAGAGGAAACUUUUAUAGCCCAGGAGCUCGUUUUAGGACAUCGGACGCUGAGAUCUUCCUGAGCACUAGACUCGAAGCUGUGCCUGACAAGGUUGUCCCUAGACACGUGAGAUCCAGCUCCUGUUCCAUUGAGAUUGGUCAGGCAAACGUGACGGAUGAGAAUCAUCAUCUCAAGAAAUGCAGAAACGCUUCCGUUAACUCUGCAACGGAGAGAUUGAAGAGCGUUUUCCACUGGCCACGUAUCAUCAAGAAACAAGCUGGCCAUUCCAAGAACGAUUCUGAGAUCAGCAUCACGUCGACAGCUCUUGAGACGCAAGAAACAACCCCUGUGCCUCUCCGACAGAAAUUCUCGAAAAGCAGCACUUCCUCUCCCUCUCCUGCUCUGCCUAAUAACAACAAUAAAAGAACGUUGUCGGUGAGAAGUAACCAGUCGAGUCCAAGAGCCAAGAAGAAGCGGUUUGGUUCGGUGCGAACUCGCUCGAGCUCUUUUUCGAAAAUAUCCAUCCACUCUUCUUCCGCUUCGUCAUCGUCAAGCAUGGUUGAUGUUAAGCAGAAGGGAGUCUUAGUCGAUACGAACAUAGCUGGACCGUCUGGAUUUAACCGGCCUGAGCCGGUGAAAAGUAACAAGCUAAAGGAGAAGCGGCAGGGUUCGGUGAGGAGGAGAUUGAAGAGCCAUUAUUUCUGCUUUGGUACUUCAGCUUUGACUGUGAAAACGUCAGCUACGGUCUUGGUAUAACGCCGGUUAUCCGCGGGGUAGACCAACAGAAAUAUUGUAAUGUGUUUUUUAAAGACUUAAGUUAGUCACAUGUUGUUCGAAAUAAUUGUUUAAGGUAUAUACUAUUAUCUAUAAACCCAUGAGAAACGAUUC